CAGUGCUGGGAUUACCAGACUAAAGGUUGACAGAAGACAGAUUAUCCAACAAAGUACUGCUGUGAUCUUCUUUAAGAGAGUGGAGUUAUCCUGUCUCUUGAGUAUUUGCAUAUUAAGAACAGUGUACACCAUCUGGAAAGUAAAUGUAUAUGUAAUUAAUACGUUUUUCUCUCAGCGAUAUAUGAAUGCAAAUUACUACUAUUUGAAUAUACUGCAAAGUCGCAGUCAUUUACAUUGUUGACCUUUUGGACAAACUGCGUGCCCAGUGUUAUUGGCUUUAAACCCUUCUCAAAAGGAGACAACGUGGAAUGUAAAUCCCAAUAACCCGCCUAAUCCAUUCACAUGUCAAUUAACUUCUUAAUGUGGAUGAGGGUUGACCUUUAUAAAGCGCUGCUUCAGAAGGUUGACCUUGUUUGAGAAGCCAACACAGCAGUCUUUCACGCUGUACUUUCUAAUUUUUUCUAAACUGUAAUAAAAAAAACCAAUCAGAGAUCAUGAGGCUGAAUCGGGGUGAGGAGUUGCCAGAGCAUUUUUGGAUACCCAUCACUUUGGACACUAAUAACAUCACAUCACUCAGCCCUUUCCUGGUUCCUCAGGACCAUCUGGGAGGUCCUGGCGUCUUCUACCCAUUGGCAGUGUUUAUGUUUUUCUUAUUUGUGGUCGGUACUUUCAUUAACACCCUCACCAUCGCAUGCACUGCUAAAUACAAGAAGUUGCGUUCCCAUCUCAACUACAUCCUGGUAAAUUUGGCUGUGGCCAAUCUUAUUGUGUCUUGCGUGGGCUCCUUCACUGCCUGCAUCUCCUUUGCAGCCAGAUAUUUUCUCCUUGGACCACUGGCAUGUAAGAUUGAGGGUUUUGCAGCCACACUUGGAGGUAUGGUGAGUCUGUGGUCUCUGGCUGUGAUAGCAUUUGAAAGAUGGCUGGUCAUCUGUAAACCACUGGGUAAUUUUGUUUUCAAGCCAGACCACGCCAUAGCUUGUUGUUUUUUCACCUGGGUGUUUGCACUUUUCGCCUCACUUCCUCCACUGUUUGGAUGGAGCAGGUAUAUCCCAGAGGGCUUGCAGUGUUCUUGUGGACCAGACUGGUACACCACAAACAACAAAUACAACAACGAGUCUUAUGUCAUGUUCCUGUUUGGUUUCUGCUUUGCCGUUCCAUUUGCCACCAUUGUCUUUUGCUAUUCACAGCUGCUGAUAACACUGAAACUGGCAGCUAAGGCCCAGGCUGAGUCUGCCUCCACACAGAAGGCUGAGAAGGAGGUGACCAGAAUGGUUGUAGUCAUGGUGCUGGGCUUCCUGGUCUGUUGGCUGCCUUAUGCAUCCUUUGCCGUUUGGGUGGUCAACAACCGAGGGCAGCAGUUCGACCUGAGGCUGGCCACCAUACCCUCCUGCUUUUCCAAAGCCUCAACCGUCUACAACCCUGUUAUUUAUAUUCUUCUUAAUAAACAGUUUCGUUCCUGCAUGAUGUCAAUGCUGGGGAUGGGAGGAGGUGAGGAGGAAUCAUCUACUACAUCAUCAGUGACUGAGGUCUCCAAAGUUGGGCCGGCCUGACAGCUGCCUUUCCCUGCCAGUCAUUACCUAAAAAUUGUAAAUAUAUAGAUAUGAAGAAUGUUUUGUCAUAAGAAACAUGUGUGUCUGAUGUUAAAAUUUACCCUGCAAGCAACAAAAAAAUUAAAAAAAAUUGCAACUUGUGUAACCUUCUUGAAACCGACUGCUUUAUGCCUAAUAAAAAAGAAAUUUAAAUCAAAACUCUCCCAAAAUAAGCGCAAUAAAGUAGAACCUGAAACAAAACAACAGUAAUCUUAAUAUAUACAACUACAAAAUACAGUAAAACGGUGAUGAAAGUGUUGUAACGGUGACGGACACGAACGCCCUCUUCUGGUAGUGUCAAGCACAUGCAGAAAGUUCUUAAAGAUAGAGUCACUGGUCAGAAGGACACUCAGUUAUUAUUGGGCAUUGUUUUGACGUACCAAAAAGUUAUUUUUUUCUGAAUUUUAACCAUUUUAACCAUUUUAACCAAAGGUCAUUGCUAUU